UUCGAAAAGAGCAAUGAUAUCGCCGCGCCGCGGCGUGUCAAAAUGGAUCCACUCAGGUCGCCGCGCUGAGACACACGGGGGGCUGCACAGGGCGCGUUUUGCGGCCUCUCGGUGAUUCGCAGAGCAUCGAGUGGAUGAACCGCGGCAAACCCAAGCUAGCUCUCAUCAGAGACAUUCGGUGCCGACCGUUGCCGAGGGGCUGCCUUUUACCGCACCGUGAACCCUCCCCGUCCCUCCUUUUGGUCGAGCCGCUCUUUCACAAUGAUCCGCUCCCCAUCUCGCUCGUGUUCUCUCUCUCUCUCUCUCUUCCCCCCCUCUUCCCCGACUCCCCAGGCUCGUCGCUCCCUCUCGCUUGUGCGCCUUGCGUCGCUCUAGUUCCUCCCGUUCACCCUGCUCGUCGUCUCGAGCGGCUCGGCCGGCCUGUCGACUAGGUCUGCGUCGGCGCCGAUGGCUGGGGGACUCGGCGGCGUUGCCGCUUCGGACGAAGCGGCGGUCGCCACGAGGAGAGAGUCCGCGGCAGAGUCGUCCGGAUCUCCGGCACAGUCGCUUUUUGCUUUUGACGCGCAGCGGCCGACGCGGCCGGUCGCCGGAGCGCGAUAUGCACGAGCGUGUCAUGUGACACGCGUGACAAGUGGUGCGCGCCGCGGCGUUGCUGCACGACGCGACACGGAUAGGCGGCUUUCGGUGGAAAUAUAAAGGGGGGGAAGGAGAGAGAGAGAGAGAGAGAGAGAGAGAGAGAGAGAGAGAGAGAGAGAGAGAGAGAGAGAGAGAGAGAGAGAGAGAGAGAGAGAGAGAGAGAGAGAAGGAAAAGAGAUAGAUACACAGCAGAGACACAGAAAGAGCGAGACUGGGGAAGAGAGAAAGAGAGGAGAGAGGUGAAGGGUGCGCUGCGAAAGAAAAUAAACGCGUGUUGCGUGCGUGUGUGAGAAAGCCAUCGGUGCCGGCUUCACCGCGGCGGACUGGUAUUCCCCCGCGAUUUCGUACGGUGCUCCUCGUGUAGUACCGUAGGCGCAAUUAUGUUACCGGUGCGACGCGGCGACGGCACCGACGGACGACACGCCGAUAGCACCACCAUCAUCAUCAGCAUCCUCGCACCUUCGCCCGCUACCCUCAACGUCAGCCACAAUGUCAGCGGGAGGCUCGAGACGCGCUGCGUGAGGAGGCACCGUGGCGGUUUCCUCGCGAACGGUUAGAACCUUCUGUCCGACGGACCACUCCUCGCGUUGUGUGUUACCCGUCUCGCUUUUGCUCUCCGAAGCGAGAUACUCGCUCGGGCUUGCCUGCGGGGAACAAGUUCGUGGCUCUCGGUAGGUUUUAGGAAUGCGGGAGCGGACGGUGGUGGCGAGAGGUUCGCGCUGGUGGUUGGUCUUUCUUCUGGUCGCGGUGGUGGUCGUGCGAGUCGCGGGUGCGCCUUCGGACACGCUGCCGUCGUCGUCAUCGUCGUCGUCGUCGGCCACAUCGUCGCGAGUACAAUGUCCGGGUGGGUGCGAGUGUACAGACAGCAGCAGCAGCAGCAGCAGCAACAACAACAACGACGACGGCAGUCUGGUGUGCGCAGAACGCAGUUUCUUCGGCCUCGGUUUACCGAGGGACGCUACGAGCGUGUCACUGAGAAAUGUCCGAGCGGCUGCGAUCUCGGUGGCCGCGUUAGAGACGUCUGCGAAGCUGCGGAGCCUGCAGUGGACGUCGAGCGGCAUCGAGAGGGUCGAGCCGGGUGUGUUCCGGAUUACCGUGCAUCUCGAGCGGCUCGAUCUAGGUGAUAAUCAACUGGCCGAGCUACCGUCGGACGUCUUCCAUCCGUUGCACCAACUCCAGUACCUGAACCUCACCGGGAACAGGCUGGUCGCGCUACCACGGCCCUUGUUUCACGGUUUGGACCGCCUUCAGGAGAUCCGUCUGGCGGCGAAUCGGCUCUCCGUACUGCCCUAUCAGGCGUUCGCCCCCGCCAGGGAGCUCGCGCGGCUCGAUCUCAGCGGUAACCUGUUGGUCUCACUGCCGGAUCAUAGUUUCCGGCUGAACGAACAGCUGCAGGAGCUACGACUGGCCGGCAAUCGGCUGACGAAGCUACCGUCGCGACUGUUCUCCGGCUUGGCGCGGCUCAAGGCGCUCGACCUCGCCGCCAACGAGAUCGACGCGCUGCCGCGCGGCCUCUUCAACGAGCUUACGGCCUUGGAGCACCUCGACCUCGAGGGUAAUCCGAUCACGCGUCUGUCGGACGUCGCGUUUCAAGGCCUGACCGGUCUACGAUGGCUCAGUCUGAGUCGCCUGCCGAUCGCGUCGCUACCCAAAGACCUGUGGCGACCCGUCAGCAGACUGAGGACUCUGCUGUUAUCCGGGACCAAACUGGAGAACCUCCGGAAUGAGAAUCUAGCGGGUCUGAGCGAGCUGGAGACGCUGGAGAUGAGAGACAGCCCUCUACGCGAGAUCGGCCAGCUGACGUUGAACGAGACACCGUCCCUACGCCGGCUCGACUUGCGAAACAACGACCUGGCGUUCCUACCGGCGAACGUCGCGCAUCUCUCGCUGCUGGGCGAGCUGCAGCUGCAGGGUAAUCCGUGGGCAUGCGACUGCCGCAUGUUUUGGUUCGUCAAGUGGGCCGAGAGCAGGACGCAUCUGCGCGCGGCUUUCCAAAGCGGACUCAAGUGCGGCCACGAGGUGGACGACGCCGAAGUGGACAUUUUUCACACCCUCGGCUACCUCAACUGCAGUGCGCCCACCUUGGUCAGGGCCACCAGCACUCAGCAGUAUCUGCUGCUGAGCUCGGUGUUGCUCGAGUGUGAAUUCAACGGGAAUCCCGCACCGUCGUUGACCUGGGUGACGCCGAACGGCUUGGUCUUCCACUGGAUGCCGGAUCCGGGCUUCCCCGACGCUUUCGUCGAGCACCCGCCGGUGCACAGUUGGCUGCCGAAUCCCCCGCCGAUCGACGGCCGUAUACGCAUCCUGGAGAACGGCUCGCUCUACAUCACAAUGUUGCUGCGGGAGGACGUGGGUCUGUACAAGUGUACGGCGGACAGUCCGAUCGGCAACCACACCGCCUACGUGACGCUGCAUAUGGACCCAGUGACUUUGCACAACAUCAAGAUCCUCAGCAUCGUCGUGGGUGCGAUCAGCGCGACGGCGUUCCUCCUGCUGACGUUGUUCCUGCAGUUGCUGCGGUACGUCUUCUUCAGGUGCGGAUGCAUCAAAUGGUGCUUGUGCUGUAGACGCGUAGGGGUGACGCCGAGGGCGAAGCAGAUCUACCAGAUGCUCGACAACAUCGAGCAGUACAAGAGCCAGCAGCUCGAGCGGCUGAGGGAGAACUACACGCAGCAGGUGCAUAGAAUCAAGGACAAUUGCGCCCAGCAAGUGGAGUGGAUCCGCGACAGCUACGAGGGUCAGAUGAGGCACAUACGGGACAUACGGGACUACGGUACCAGUCAUUUGACCGCGCUGAGAGACCAAUAUUACGAUCAGGUGAAGAGGGUGCGUGACUACUCCACCAGCCAACUGAACUGGGUGCGCGAGAAUUACGUCUUCCAACGCAACAAGAUCCGCAAGUUCAGCGCUCACCAGGUGUUGCGGUUGCGUGAGAGUUACAAGUACCAGCAACAGACGCUGAACAAGGUGCUGGAGAAUCUGCCGAAUCUGUACUUCGACAACUGCCGGAGUGGUUCGUGCGGCAAGAGCGACUCCAUGGUCUUUGAUCCCACCAAGGACGAUCUCAACGGGAUGGACACUUACUUCAAGGCGAAGACGAUCGACGACCUGGCGGCGGGCCCGAGUCAAGAAGACGUUAACAGCGAGUACUACACACCGACGGAGCUGUCCUCGACCAGCCCGCAUGGUCAAAAUGUGAUAGAAGGUAUUCACAUAAACUACAUCGAAGAAAGCUGCCCGCCGCCACCUCCAGCGCCCACGAUUCUGCCCGCGUCGACGGUGCUGCAAUGCAUCAACGAGUACGGCGACAGCGCGUUGUCCUUGCGCAAGAACUACGAGAACAUGUCGGUCUUCAAAGGCUCCGGCACGGAGAUUCUGGCCAAGGAACCUCGACACAUCUCGGAGGCCUUGGGACUUUUAGCACCUAGCAACAGUCUACCUGAUCUUCCAUGUGAGACCAAACUCUAGCCGACAACGAGGUCGAGGCGAAGUAUCGAAAGAACGAGAGGCCAAGAAUGGAUUCCUGUUAUCGUUUAGGUCUCAGUUUAUAAGAAAUAGAGAGAGAGAGAGAGAGAGAAAGAGAGAGAGAGAGAGAGAAAGAGAGAGAGACUGUUCUGAGAUAAUGGACAAGGUCAGGGGAACAAGAAAAGCUAGCAUCACGCUAGCCUCCAUGUCCGGUAAUCGUGGGAAUUGUGUCUUCGAGGUACCCAAUGGAACAAGAGGAGGAGGAGGAGGAGGAGCAAGAAGAGAAAGAGACGGUACCAACUGAAGCUUCUUCCGAUUUUCACGUACGACUCGACGUCGCUGGAGUACCCUACAGGAUCAUUCGAGAAGAACUCGUGUCAGUGCCAAGAAGAGGGUCGGGAGAUCAUUCUGCCAAGAUCGAUGACUCCAUGUCGAUCGCAGUGUGUGCAUGUGUUAACUUUAGGAGAACAAAAAAAAUUACGGACAGUUUCCAAGGGGUGGACUGGGGUCGGUCUAUCCGACCGGUCGGCAACCUUGCAAUCUGUCCGUCUCGCCGCAAUGUGUGCUUCUUUGUCGGUGUCAUCGUUUUUGGAUGAUCACUCGAAAAAAGAUGGGAUGAAAGUGGGAAAUGGAAAAGAAAUGAAACACGAAGAAGAAAGAGGGAGUAAGGACGAAGCGCGAGUUGCAAUUCGCGCCUUCGUCAAUUUGGCUGCAAAAACAAAUUUCCUUUUACACAUACGCGACACGGAGAAAGAUAAGUAAUUUCGCCUAGCUGUCAAUUCCGCGACUCUCGUUAAAAAAAAAAAAAAAAAAAAAAAA